AUGAUGUUCGAAUAUGAAGAAGACGAAGACCCGAUGGAACUACAAAAACAAGAAGAGAAAGAAGAACAACUAAAGCAUCAUUCGACGGAUCACUCCGGUGAGUCAACAAACGUCUGCUUGUUCUUAUCGAUGUGUGGAGUGUCUGUAUCACAUCGAAGUAUUGCCUAGAAAGGUCAAAGUACGACAGAAUCUGGCGACUAAAUUACAAUGUAGUGUAAUAUCAAUCGAACAGCCAGUUUUCUACCGCCUGAUCUUUGUUGAAAUAUUUUGAACGUUGGCAAGCAGGGAUCACAACAAUAAUAAUUUGUUUUCAGGAAGUCCUCAGGAGAAUCCGUUCCGUUUCUCGUACGAUACUGGGAAACGAGCGACGUCGAUGUUCGUGACGCCGUCGUCCGAAGAUCUCAUCGCGUACGGCACCAAACAUCUGCUCGACUCCCCUACAGCUGUACAGGUAUCGUUUUCAUUUUGUACUUUGCACUGCUUGUCACUGGAACCAAUUGUUAUUACGUCGACUGAGAGUGUACUUUGACUGGAGCAGCACGUGGGGUGUGUGUACGGCGAUAAGAAAGGGGACAAAGAGUAGAGGGCCUACAAUGCAAGUUUGUCUGGGGAGAAUGAUCGGUCAGACAAUUCGCUGAACUAUGAAGCAUGACGGCGUUGGUCUCUGGGUGCAUCUCGCUAAGGAAAUAUGGAAGAUCAAUGUCGUAUGUUGUAGCCACGUGGGGGUGUCUUUCGCAACAGCUGCUCUCCCUUCUUAUAUCACUGCAAAGUUUAGUAGCUUCUCAGUGGUGUCGGCUCCACACAGAGUCACGCCAUGAGUGAAAAGAGCCGGCUUCGAUUAGAUCCUGAGCCGAGGGGAUGACCUCGCUUUUCUGUUUUCUGAGCGAUCAAUGAAAAUAGGAACCGGUGGCGGCACGAAGUGUAUUCUCUCGUGAUACCCCAAUUCAAAGAACGAGGACACUGAUCAGACAUCCCCAGAACACCCAACUCCGAGCCUCGUGAUCUGAUGAUCUCUUCAUCUGAUGUGAUGUGUUUCUUCUUUCAGCGUACAUUGGUUCUCAAUGCGACUACUUCGCUUAACAUCGACUGCGAACUGUCCGAUGAUGAUCUCAGCCCGACGACUCAACGGAAGAUCUGCUUCUGCGCGAGUCAGAAUCCGACAGAGACGCAAGAACAAGGACUCCGUUCGGCCAAGUCUACGCUGACCGUCUCGUUCCCGUAUCAUCAGCACCAAAUCACCGAGGACUAUACCAUUUCGGCCGAAAUCAUUGGAAUCGGCGAAUCGGGAAAGGUGAUGGCGUGCUACAAAAAGGACAGCGGUGAGAAGUUCGCCCUCAAAGUGCUGCGAGACAGCCAGAAGGCGAGACGUGAGGUGGAACUUCACUGGCUGACCAGCUCGCACGAGAACGUUGUCACGAUCCUCGACAUCUACGAGAACACGUUCGACAACGUGAAGUGCCUGCUAAUGGUGGUCGAGUUCCUCGAAGGAGGAGACCUGCUCAGCCAGUUCGAAAACCAAGGGAGCAUCCCGUAUUCAGAGAAGAGUAAGUAGAUAGCGACAAAGAAAUAAGGUAGUAUAGUAAAAUUCGUUUUUCAGAAGUGGGCGAGAUCAUUCGCCAAAUCGGAAAUGCUGUGAUGUAUUUGCACGACAUGAACAUCGCACAUCGGGACAUCAAACUAGAAAACAUUCUGUGCAGUGGUACGGGUAACGAAUGUAUCUACAAAUUGGGAGAUUACGGGUUCGCCAAACGCCCCGAACGGAACGUGCUCAUGGAGUCGCCGUGCUGCACGCCAUUCUAUGCGUAAGUCGUCUGAAGCCGUUCGAUUCAAACAUUUCGACGCCUUCAGGCCUCCGGAAGUUCUAGGACGCGAAAGAUACGACAAAUCAUGUGACAUGUGGUCUCUUGGAGUGGCCAUGUAUAUAAUGUAAGCUAUCAUUUCCUUUUGUUCUCUAUUCAAAUGGUCGGCUGUAGUUGGGAGUGCUUUACCGUUGUUCUCUUAUCACUUGACACUUAUUUGCUCAAACUAUUUAAUACUCUCUCAAAAAUAUUUAGAGGUCAUGUGUGAAACUGUUUAUUUCAAAAACCUAGAUUAUAAAAUGGAAAAGUGGAAGAGGGAAUCUGAGAGCACUUUGAACCCGAUUACAGGUUGUGCGGGUAUCCGCCCUUCUACUCGAUGAAAGGUGUCGCUCUGUCUCCAGGCAUGCGAUCGCGCAUUGCCAAUGGAUACUAUGCAUUCCCACACGAGGAAUGGGACUGUGUGUCACAAGAUAGUAAGCGCCUAGCAAACCAAAUUUUACGAUUUCAGAAAACAAACGCUGAUUCUAACUGACACUCAUAAAGUUUCGCCCACUAACUUUGUUUCUCUUUCAGCGAAGGAUGACAUCCGCUGUCUGCUGCGGACCAAUCCGAGUGAUCGACUGACCAUCCAUGAGCUGAUGGCCACGCCGCUUGUGACCGGAGAACCAGUCGAAACCGGAAGAAACAUCACGUGCGCGAUUGCGAUUCCUGGAGCCGACGAACAAGUGUGCGGUGGAGCAGUCUUUGAAGGAUUCAACGAAGAAGACGAAGUCCCCGAUGUGGUAAGAAAGACAAAAAGAGUGACUGACGAAUUGAGGUUUUCGUUUCAGGUCGCCGAAGUUCUGCCCGUGCCAAAGAGUGUCCGUUUCCUCCGCGACGGAGUCAAGGCUCCACGCCUCCACAGUAUCCAGGAGGAAGUCGGCCGGGCAAUGGAGAUCAUGCGAAUGGGCCACGACCAAGUGUUCGUCAAGAAUCCCAACUCCUCGUGCAACAACUUGUUCGCCAGACGCCGCGCCGUUCAUCUGAGUAUUCCACGUGUCCAAUGCUAA